GUAAGUUUUCAUGACUCCACCUUAACGUUCACACCAACUCCUUACUCCUUGUCAUCAUCCCCUUCCGAUAGUGAAAAACACAGAAAAAGUCAAAGAUCGGAGAAGACGACGAUUUGAAGUAGCACAAGCUCCUCCAUUUCUAUUAGAAAACAAAUCUUUUUUACCCAGAUUGAAACCCUAACACGAGAAUGGAGUGUAUUGGUAGGCCUUCCAAUGGAGAGAGCAGCGUAGUUCGGUUCCCAUUGUCACCAUCGAGCUCUUUGGUCAUUCAGAAAGGAGAUAUCACCAAAUGGUCCAUCGACGGUUCCUCCGAUGCAAUAGUAAAUCCUGCAAAUGAGAGAAUGCUUGGCGGUGGUGGUGCAGAUGGCGCGAUACAUAUGGCUGCUGGUCCUGAACUUGUUCAAUCAUGUUAUAGUGUUCCAGAGGUGAGGCCUGGAAUUCGGUGCCCAACUGGGGAGGCAAGGAUCACACCUGGUUUUAGAUUGCCUGCUUCUCAUGUUGUUCAUACUGUUGGACCAAUCUACAAUUCGAAUAGUAACCCUGCUGCUUCUCUUUCAAGCGCUUAUAGGAAUAGUUUGAGGGUUGCGAAGGAUAAAAAUAUUCAGUAUAUAGCAUUCCCAGCUAUAUCAUGUGGUGUCUUUGGAUAUCCUUACGAUGAGGCUGCCACGGUAGCGAUUUCUGUCGUCAGGGAGUUUCGAAAUGAGUUUAAGGAGAUCCACUUCGUUCUGUUCUUGCAAGAUAUUUAUCAAGUUUGGGUAAAUAAGGCAAAUGAUCUGAUGAAAAAUUAGCACCGUAGAAUCAUCGAGAAUCAACUAUUUCAAUGGCUGUAUGUUAGAAUAAUUAAGCGUAAUUGUCCAUGCACUGUAAUCAUUAGAUGUUCAUAUGCUUCUGUUCUAUGAAAAAUCAUAGCCUUUUCUUUUUGGGUUUGAUCAUUGCUACUAAUGUGCCCUUUUUUCCCCCUUGCUGUGGAUCUGAUUAUAAUGAAUAUUAUAUAUUGCCUUUAUCAAUUA